CAGAAAACCGGUGACGCUGAAAACAUGAAAUUGCUUACGCUCUGUAUUCUGAUUUGCUUCUCUGGUGUCAGAGGUGCCGUCCGCAAAUGGUUUGCCAGUACCAGAGUUUUGGAUGCGAGUAAUUGGGAUUUUGAAGAUGCGGGUUGCAGAGGAUUAAAAUUCACCUACAGCUUCGAGCCUAAAGUCUACUUAGGUUCUAUAAACAUCAGCAAGGUGGUUCUACCCCAUAACGGAAAGAUCACUUUAGGUGAAGGAACCAAAGUCGUGUUGGAUUCGCGCAAUAAAUUAUGUAUAAAUUUGAAGGAAUUCAAGUUUCACUCAGUUCUGGAUGAAAGGAAUUGGGAUGAACUUGUUAACAAAGCCGUAGUCGACGUGGAACGGAUACCUUGCCAAUACGACGAUGUAGUUUUCCCAGAUAUCAAUACUUUUUCAGUACGGAUCGAAGAUAUGCUUCGUGUAAAAUCUUUAACCAUCGGUGGAUCUAAAGUGUCGAAGGAUCAAUGGCGCUCAAUGCUUAAAUUGGAUAAUAUCAACGUGAUUAGAGAUGAUUCGUCUUUCGGAACGAAUCUGAUGAGUUCGUCCUGUUUGGAUCCUAACAAGUGCAGAUGCCAAGAAAACCCUUACACUUUAGGGCAUAUUUGCGAGUACGUGAAGACCUACAGAAACGAUUCUCAGGAUUGCCAUAGCCCCGUGCAUCCUUUCGGUCAUUGCACGAAGAUUUGCGGAGCGCUGUUAACCUUGUUACCAGAGGAUGACUUCAAUUUGACCCAUUUCCUAGCCUCGUUGGAGCAGUUCGAAGGCGUCGAAUAUCACGUUACCAAAACGCUACCGCCUUCUGAUAACCACAAACUGCAAUUGGUGAUUGUCGAUGAAGAUAAAUACGCGGAGCAAUCGAUAAAAAUUGGAAAAUUAGUUGAGAAAAUGAUUCAAGAGACUGAUUUGCGCGUCAAAUUAACCAUGGCCCAAUACUCUGGAAGACCUAACGUUUCGCUCAACGAAUUUCUCUCUGUUACUUUAGGUAUAAUGUUUGCGGCUCUCUUCGCAACUUUGGCUUUCUUCGGCGUGAUUUACUAUUACUACGUGGGCUCGCCGAAGGACAUAACGUUCAGGAUUCUUCCACGUGGUUCUAAUCUGAGGCCGUUCCUGUUCGCUCGCUUCGAGAACAACGAGGACGGAGGAUUAUCCUUCGAACGUAGAAGACAGAGCGCGUUCAUCGAAGCGGAACGAUCAUUCGAUAAUCCGAUGUUUGGGCUUCCGUCGACGAGUCAAUUGCAGGUCGAUGAGGAGAAGGAGGAGAAAAACUUGGAAGAGGAAGUGACGGAAGAUGUGGUCGGGCCCACGCGCGAUUUGGAGAACUUCGAAGAAAUGGUAAUCGAGGACAUGUAAUCAAUCGCAUGUAAUUAACAUACUUUAAUUGCCGACCGUUAUCGAAUCUCUUCAAACGAUCCAACUGAUUCUCACAUUAGAGUAAGAAUUUUGAUUACGUUCACACAAAUAAAACUCUUUGAUUUA